UGGCCGCUGGACCGACCAGUGACGAGUGAUCGGAAUCAGACUCUGAGACAAAGCCAUCAGGAGCCCGGGCCCCGGAGCCGAAGUCAGAUUAGAAUCGGGAACAAUGCUACCACGGCCCUGAACCAAAACCCUGGAUAUUGGCUCAGCUGAGGCCUCGGAGAUCAGACUCCCAGGACGGUUGUCAGGGCUUUCAGCCAUGGUGACUAAUGAAGAUCACGUAACUAUGAAAUAGACAAUGCAGCAGUUCUAUUGAUAUAGACGAGCUCAUAGGAGAGCUACGACGCAGUUGAGAUCGUUUGACCCGGGCUGCUUACAUCUAACAUAGCUCGGGAAAGCUGAAUCCUGCUUGCGGAUCAUACCAGGGCGGAUUCCUGAGGUGACCGCGGCGCGGUCACCUGAAACUGCUGGAACACCUGACCCCUGACGAUGCGAGACUCGGAUACCACACCUGACGGUGACGAUAUCUGCCCGGCUCGGCACUCGGCGGGAUGCCGCUGGUAUCGUGUUGGCUGAUGGCUCAGACCUCAGCGCAUCUCAACAGCUGACUGAGCGUCGCCCGGCACCGGCAGACGGACAGGGGCACAAAAACCGCACCUCUGCAAUCACAAUGGCCACGCACCGAAGCCUCGGCGGCGCCUGUCGGGCUGUCCGGGUACCACUGUCAGAGACCGUACCUGCCACUCCCCGCGGCCCCAGCGGACGGCCGUGGUGAGCCGACAGUCGGCUGCGGCACGAGCGACGGUGGACGGCGUCCGACGCGGUGCUGGGGGGUGAAGGUCUCGACGGUCGCCCGUGUGCUGAUCUUUGGAGCGACGAGGACCACAUCUCAAUAGCUGCCACCAUGAGCGGCGACCUGUACCGCAAACUGGACGGCGCGCUCAGCCAGCUGCACAUCACCAAUUCGACGCCGCAGGGCUACAGCAGCGCCGAGACCAAGCAGCGCAAGGUGGCACCUGUCGUGCCGCCCAAACCGAAAAAGCCGUCUCAACAGCAGACGGCCGGAGGGGACGCCGACCUGCCGCCGGGUGCGGUCGGCGCGCCGCGACUGCCCAGCCAGCCGCUGCCGCCGCCGCCCGAGUUUUCGGCGCAGCAGGCGGCGGCCGGCGGCCAGGAGCUGCCGCCGCCGCCGCCCCCAUACGUGCCCUCUCAGUACGCGUACGGCCAGCACGGCACCAACGGCUCGGCCGGCUACCCGGCGCCGCCGCCCGAGGACGACCUGCCGCCGCCGCCGCCGCCCGAGCUGUACGUGGACUCGUCCGAGUACAGCGGCGAGCUGCCGGCGCCGCCCUCCCCCGUCAGCUCGAGCUACUCGGAGCUGCGGCGCGCCAACCGGGGCGCGCCGCCGCCCACCGUGCCCAGCGCCGUCAACCAGUUCAACGCCUACGCGCCGCUCUCGCAGACGAGCUCCACGUACGAGUCCAUCUACGAGCCGAUGCGACCGCGGCCGGGGGGCGGCGGUGGGGGCGGUCAGCGGCCGGCGCGCGGCCAGUACCCGCUGAGCGGACCGUUCGUGGCGCCGGGCGCGCAGGGCCUGGCGCCGGCACCCAGCGCUCAGCCCAUCACCAACCCGGACCGCACCGGCCGAGAGGCCGAGGUGGACUCGCUGACCAGCCUGCUGGUGCACGGCCUAGACAACCCUCAGCCAGACUUCUUCGGCAUGUGCUCCAAGUGUGGAGACAAAGUGGUCGGCGAGGGCACGGGCUGUACGGCUAUGGAUAAGGUGUUCCACGUGGACUGCUUCACGUGCCACGGCUGCCACUCACUGCUGCAGGGACGGCCCUUCUUCGCCGUCGAGAACAAACCGCACUGCCAGGAGUGCUACAUGGACACCCUGGAGCGCUGCAGCGUGUGCACCAAGCCGAUUCUGGAGCGGAUCCUGCGCGCCACCGGAAAGCCCUACCACCCAGAGUGUUUCACGUGCGUCGUGUGCGGGAAGUCGCUGGAUGGUGUGUGCUUCACCGUCGACGCCGCCAACCAGAUUCACUGCAUCGAGGAUUUCCACAGGAAAUUCGCGCCCAAAUGCAGCGUGUGCCACGAGCCCAUUAUGCCGGAGCCCGGUCAGGAGGAGGCCGUCAGGGUGGUCGCUCUCGAUCGCAGCUUCCACGUCUCCUGCUACAAGUGUGAGGACUGCGGACUCGUGCUCUCAUCUGAGGCUGAGGGCCGGGGCUGCUACCCGCUCGAUGGUCACGUCCUGUGCAAGAACUGCAACGCCAAGCGCGUGCGCGCCCUCACAUCGCGGAUGACGACCAAUUUGUAAGGAGCCGUGUGAAACCGAGAGGCGGCCGGCGGACGUUGACUGUCCCGUGCCAUAUUGUGCCGUUCGAAGUGCUGUGCUUACCGUGAAAGGGCUUAUUUGUAAUCUGACCACGUGACACCGGCUGCACCCUGAUGGCACCGAGGAACGGUGCCAGAAACCGAGCCGGACGGUGUCCUUCUGACCUUAGCUCGCGCCUUUUUCGUGACCAAUGGGUUGGAUAUAUCGUAAUGCUUUUUAUUUACGAUGUAAGUGUGUUAUGCUUGUGCUGUCAAAGCAUUAUUUUGAGAUUAUUUACAAUUUUCUAUUCCACUAGCAUUUCAUCGUCUUUUGAAUUAGUGGCGCUGUAGGUAUAGCUUUCACAUGUGAUUGAUGAAUGAUUAGUAAUUAGUCAUUAUCGCAUAAAAUAAUGCGAAUGCAAGUAUCUUCACUUGACCAUUCCUGAAUGAUAUGAGGGUGUAUGUGAAAUCGUCGGAUCGCUAUUCAAUAAAUGAUUCUGUGCUUGAUA